CUACUCAACCCCCGUACGUACCGGUACUUAAACUCGCUCGAACUGAAAAUAAUUGCGGAGAUUCAGUGUGUCCAAAUCUUGCAAACGUGGACAUUUUGUGUGGAGUCCACUUAUCGGCGAUUGAAAUAAGUAGGACUACACGCGUUCGUAACUAUUUAUGAACGAUUGGCGAUUAUGUCGAAUGGAUAAGUGGUAGGCCAUAUUUAAUACAUUUUUAUAACUAAGGAACAGGAAUAUGAAAUGUGGCUUGAAGAAUGGACCAUGACUUUAUUGGAUUCCUCAUUUAAAUUGGCGACAUCGGCGCAUAAACAAAAAUAUACUUGAUCUACUGCCACUGCGGACUACCAUACUGUACGGAUACUAUGCAAGUGCUAAUAAUUCUCACGCUACUGCUUUCAGCAUUUCGCUGCUUACUGUCACAAUCUGCAUUCACAAGUUCUCCAUCUGACGCCGUUUCUGUCGUAGACGGAAAUGUUACCUUGCAAUGCUCUGUGAAUAGUAUUUCACCAGGAGAUCUCUUGCAAUGGUACAAGGAUGGUGAUGGAUAUGUAACCCAGGGCAUAACGACUUUUCCUCCUUGGGUACAACGCGCGCACAUUGAGGGUGAUAGUGCGGCAUAUAACCGGGGACAGUACAAUCUAGUAAUUUCCCGUUUGCAAGAAAGUGAUGCUGGUGCAUACAGGUGUAUAUACACAGCAGUAGGGACUAAUCCCAUUGGUACAAGGGCAGCCAUCGUAACUGUGCUUCAUCAACCGAACUGUUCCCAAAACCCAAUGCCAGUUGGGAUCAACGAAGUAGUAGAAUUAACCUGUACAACAGAUGACCUAGUUGUAAACAGUGAUAUUGAUUCAUAUACACAGUGGACACUAAAUGGCGUUCUUCUAUCGAUGGAUGCAACCUUUCGAAAGACUCUUUCAGGGAAUGAUAAUUACGAAACAUAUAUUUGUGAGGCAGUUAUCACCGGGCACCCGGAUAUUGUUCGUACCUGUUCUAUAGUACCUUUAGCUAUACCUCCGUCAGCACGGAUCUCUCCAUCUGGCACAGUUGUAAUGAAUAAAGGCAGCAUGAUGAAUUUCACUUGUUUUUCGAUUGCUUUCCCACAUAUAGCGAGUAUUGAUUGGCUUAUAAAUGAAGAAUCUGUUAUCAAUUAUUUGGAUGUUUUUGAGUAUAUGUUCAGCACAGACAGAAGUAACUUUGCUAUUACUAUUAAAACAGCUGAAGAUGUAACACGGUAUUACAAUAUAAAUUGUCGCGUUUAUGAUCCGAAAGGAUAUAUCGGGGAUUCCACGCCAACAACGAUUAUGGUUGAACCAAUGGUUACCGUAGCAACUUUACCUGCAAUGCCUUCUUUACCGGCCGUUAUACAUACUACAACUUCCCUACCAACUCUGACUUCAGUAAAAUAUACAGUUUCCUCAUCUGUGUCUCUGGUGACGUUUAUUAAAACACCUUCGGAUACAAAUACGACUGCAGGAUCUGUAAUAGUGUUGGAAUGUGCUGUAAAUCAUCUUGGGGACGGUGAGAUGAAAUGGUUCAAAGUUGAAACAGGAGCAUACAUCAUGAUAGGUCUUCAAGCUAGCAUUUCAGCCUCUGAGGAUAUUCAAACUCGUUAUUCUAUCGUUGGUGGAAAAGAUGCCUACAACAGAGGUCAGUACUCACUGCAGAUUACUAAUGUUAAAGACAGCGAUAGCGGAACGUAUUUUUGUUCCUAUUCGUCGGCUGACUCGACAUCUUUUUCGUCAAAUUAUGCUGAACUUAUGUUACUGUCAGCGCUAGUUUGCCAGCAAAGUCCUGAUCAUGCACUGCCACCUGGCACAAUGGUCUCCAUGCAGUGUAUGGUUGAAGAUCAAAGGGAGAGAACCACCGUCACAUGGUCUAACGACCUUGGAAUUCAGCUUACAAUCGCAGAAAUUAACAAAGUCACUUACACAUUGAUCUUGCAACCGACUGAUAACUUUCGUGUUUUCACUUGUGCAGCUGUGUCAGACAAUGAUGAUAUUGCGAGAACUUGCAACCUCAUUCCUCUUGCUAUUCAGCCUGUCGUUAAAAUCACUGAAGAAAGUACAGAGGUUUCAGGGGGGCUCGCAGUUAAUUUCACCUGCCAAGCUGAGGCAGAACCAUAUGUCUCCAGCUAUGAAUGGUUGAUAGAUGGCAUGGAACUUGACACAUUUAAUGAAACAUUCGAGAUAAAUGUCAUAAAUAGUGAAGUACUAGAACUCGUGGCAAUCAAUAAUGGGGAAAAUACAGCCAUCUACAAUAUCACGUGUACUGUGUACAUACCAUCUGGUCAUAGCGUCACAUCAGAUGGUGUGGCCUUGCUUGUGUCUGACAGAGGCUACAAAAGCUUCGUUACAAUGCACAAUGAUACUAUAACAGUGGUUACUGUGAUUGUAAUUAGCCUGCUUGGAGUUAUCGUAUUGAUAGUAAUCAUAUUAUUAUGCUACCUGAAGUUCUGGUAUGGACGACGGAGGGAAUUGUCGCUAAAGGGUUCAAUAAGCUUCAGUCAACAAGCCGUCACCGGUGAAAGGUAUGGCACAAGACCGUCGGUGCAAAUUCAUCAUAUCGAUGCCUUUCGUGGUGCUGAAGCCAUCUAUGCAUUACCGGUCAAGGUAAGAAAUGGAAAGAAAGCAGCAAAGAAGGCGACAAAAGCCUCACGAGAGUCAGUAUAUGAAAAUUCAGCAGAAAGUGAUAAACAAGUGAAAAGCGUGUCAAGACCGACAAGUGAGUACAUGAAUUUUAACCACGAAAAUAAAGAAGUUAUUCAGCCUGUAGGCUUCCCAAAUUUUGGAUAUUGUCCAGAUUCACCGACCAGCUCCCGACUUGAUAUAUCGACCCUUCCGACGAAGCCUACAGUUGCGCCGCGGCCUGAAAUAAAAAGACUUUCUUCUUUUGAGCCUCUGCCAGACGUAUGUAAUGCAAGGCAGAGUGGUUGUUUCGAACUUCCAUUUAACGCAACUCUGGAAGAAGAAAAUCAAAAUAUUGAUAGAGUGCAAACAGAUGAAUUAAUUUAUUCGAAUGAGCCUGUUCAUCAUGUUCGUCGUCAAAUUUAUGACGAUUUUGAUUCGGAUUCUUUCGACUCCGACUCGGAAGACGAAACACAUAUGUAAUCAUGCGCAUUCCGAUAACAAUACAACUGACAGAAUUAGGGGGAAAAAUUGUUGUUGUCUAAAGCUAUUACAGAUAACCUUUUUAAAGAAGUUAUUAUUUCAUUGACAUAGGAACAUUUAGAUGUUUGUAUAGAUGUUAUCAUUCUUUGUUUACCCGUUUUUAGAGAACGAUACGAUAUUUUACACUAACAAAUUUAAAAAAUGAUCUCUCAGAAUUGUCUAGACCAGACCAAAAUUCUUUUCCACAAGGUAAUUUAUUGACGGUAUCACAAUAAUAUAUAGUUUGAGAGCAAAAAAAUAGUUAUUAGUUAACUCAUACUCCACUUCUUUUUUAUAACUAUGCAAUAUAAAGGUUAAAUUAUAUUUUUGUAUUUCAAAUAAAUGAUACCAGUACUGGUGCUCAAAACAGAGUUAUAUUUAUAGUUAUAUACUUUACAAGAAAAGAGAAAUAGGCAGAAAGUUUGUAGCAGGCCUACAUACCUGUACGAUGACACUGAUGAUGAUAAUUAUGAAAUACAGUACGGUAAUGAGAAUGUAAACGCUUUAUACAUACAAAAUAAACCUAAGGUAGCCUACCAUUAUACAUUGAAAAAUAAAAUAAAGCGUUGAAUGUGACGGGUCAUAUAGUAUUUAGCGUUGUUUUUUUUUUCAUUUUAUAGAAUAAGAUGAACAUAAAUAAUAUUAAAAGUACACAAUUUAUAAUUAACUUUUUUAACACUGUAAGUUCAGGUGGGCAAAACUGUUUCAUAAGGAUUUUAAAGUGUAGAAACAACAGUAGAGUUUACGUAGGCCUAUUUAAAUACAGUAGAACCCCUCCUUUGGGACACCCCUAUUCAGGGGACCCCCUAUUAACCCGGACACUUUUCCUUGAAACGAGGGGCAGUAUAUCUGUUAACAUUACAGCCAACACUUAUUGAGGGGACGAGGACAUUUUCUAAGUGUGCAAAAUGGUCAAAUCAAUACAAUUUAUCCCCUUUUAAGGGGACACUUUUUUUUAUUGUAUCAAAACAACUUAUACAGUAGUCUCAAAAUAA